AUGCAUCUUUAUUUGGCGGGAAAUAAUCGUCUGCUGACUGAGACUAGGAUUGGUGAUGACGAUUGUUUGGUUUUGUACAAAACUUUGUCCAAUAAUCUCUUUGUUACUAGCGUUGAUUUAAGAUACAACCAAAUCACAGACGAAGGGGCUGUUCAUAUCGGAAAACUCAUCGAAGAAAGCUGCACCAUUAGAGACAUUAACCUGAUGUUCAACGAUAUUGGUGCUGUUGGUGCUGAACACAUCGCUAAAGGACUGUUAUCAAAUGAGACACUACAGGCUUUACGCAUGACCGGAAAUAAGAUUGGUAACAAGGGCGGCAUGGCGUUUGCUCAAGCUCUUCAAGUUAACGGAACUCUUGAAGCAUUAGAUUUGGGAGACACCGACUUGACGAUCGAGUGUAUCAUCGCAUUGUGCACUAUCCUGUACCAAAAUACAAGUAUAACCAGUCUCAAUAUAAAUAGGCCUAUUUUGUUCACUCACCAGGAGGAGACAACCGUCCAUUUCUCAAAACUUCUCAAAGUGAACAUAACCUUAAAGGAGCUACACCUACGGAAGUAUGACAUGCGAGAUUUUGGAAUGACCAGACUGUCCGAGUGUUUAAUGAACAACCUUACUCUGACCCAUUUAGAUAUUAGUUCCAAUCGAAUCACACGAGAUGGUGCUAAGGAGUUGGCCAAAGUUUUAAAGAACAAUACAGGCCUACAGCAUCUGGACCUAGGAUACAAUCGUUUGGAAGACGACGGUGCAAUGCAUAUAGCUGAAGCACUUGGUACGUACAACACGAACUUGCAAUGUCUGGUACUUAAUAACAAUAACAUCAAAGGAAAGGGAUUGUGCGCCAUCGCAGACAGCAUCAAACAGAACAUGCGUCUGAGUAAUAUUUACAUCUGGGGAAACGUCUUGGAAGAGUCAGCAUGUAAUGCCUUCGCAAACUUAUUAGAGCACGGACGAAUACAUCAAAGAGACACUGAUGUAAAGCCGUACGUUGUCGAUGGAGUUACCUACCUUUGUGAAGUAGAUCGACGACCCAGACGUCAUUAUUAUUGGGCGCCAUCUUAUGGUGAUGACGUACCAAGCUGGCAAAUCAAGAUGGUGGACGAGGAGAAACACGCCUCCUGCUUAGAUCCACGAUUUAUCGAUGCCUAUUAG